UCAACGGAUGACGUGGAUGACUUUAUUGCUGCCCGCCCAGUCAAGGAGAUGUAUGAUGUCUACAAGAAGGUUUUCGACGACACGGCGACCAAAGAAGAUAUCCACGAAUAUGUCUGGAUGCUGCGAUGGCUCCAAACCUCCAUGGAACUGUCCAAGGUA